AUGGACACCGAUGACAACGAGAUACCGGACGUGAACGAUAGGUUGCAGGUUCUUCUCCAUCAGUUUGAACCAUUGGGAGUGGAGAAAAUCAGUGAUUCUGGCAAGACUUCGCCUUCGGACAGCUCUGAUGUAGACGACGAGGAAGCCAUACAGCGAGAUCAACGGCUUUACAACACAGCAUGGUGUUUCUGUGGCAAAUGCUCAUCCAUGACAACUGUAAAGGAGUACAGAAACUGCAUCACAGACCAUGAAGCAUUCAUUGCUAACUGCCUGAAUAGACAUGUUCUGCAUGUUUCCAUGUAUGAGUACAUGGAAAAUGUGGGUCCGUUUGAUGAUAAUGAACCAAUACAUGAGAUAUACAGACAUAUUGCCUAUAGGAGAUUUGUUCGGUGGAUAUGGCAUCGGUUGGGACGCCACAACAGAAAAAUAUUGCCUGCUUGUGUUGUGCAGAAGAUUAGAAAAACAUUUCCAUCUGAACAGUACUGUGGGUUCAAAUAUGCUCGUGUCAAUGAAUAA